AUGCCUUCUCAUGAUACCUACAACAAGGAUAGAACAACUGGGGAUUUGAAGAGAGACCUAGAGGGUAAAGGCGAGUACGACGCAGAUGGUGACAAGAUCACUACAUAUAGAGUGAACAGCAAGGAUAAACUUGUACGUUCUAUAGAUGGGAAACUCGACAAGCAUGGGAAGAAAGUCACAAAAUAUAAAUAUUGCAAAGCGCAAGACUAUUAUCGUCUAGAUGUUCAUGGGCGGCUUGAUCGAGAUCAAGUCGAAAACGCCCGCCGGGUGGUGAAACCAGUCCCGACGACAUCUGCUCUUACAGCUGGAAUUGAGCAACAGAGAGAAGCAGACCAGCGCCAAAGAGAAAGAGAUCAACGGGUUCGAGCUGUAGAAGCUAGAACAUCUACAGGAGGAGGCUCAGGGAGAAGGCAGAGCCCGAGUGGUGGACGAGAACUUAAUUCAAGACAGAUUGAGCGACAAGAUCAAGAAGAUAUAGAAGCAACAAGACUCUAUCAUGAAAGUGGCCCAGUUCGCGAACGCCAGGCUGUCGGCUCCCAAAAUUCAUUAGACCUGCCACCGAGCUACGGAAAUCAUGGAAGGGACUUUAGAGAUCUACAAAUUGCCGGACCAGCUGCGGGACCUCACCAUGCCAAUGCCCCGCCUUACUCCUCUAACCCUCUCUCGGCUCCUGGGCCAACUGGUCAGACUCCUAACUUGUCCAAGCGAUUACCAAGAGAUACCAGACCUCCUUCAACUUGGGGUGGUAAACACAAUCCUAAUGCCCCUCCCGGCUAUUCAAGUGAAGAGGCUAAGCGUGAUCCGACCAGUAGCGAUGGAAGUCGUCCACAUACUAGUGGUUCGGAUAACAUGUUUGCUAUGUCUGACGUGAAUAAGGCAUUACCAACAUCAUCCAAAGCUAAAGCACCAGCCGGCAAGCUCCCUAAGACAAGACCAGCAUCGAGCUCGGAUGAUUCACCACCAAGGUCCUUGUUACAACACGGUAGAACUGGCGCUCCUAGUUCUAAAAGAAGAGACCCUAGCCGUGAUAGAAAACCUAAGGGUAAGCAGCCGGCGAAAGCAAGUAGUUCCAAGAAGCACGAAUCGUCGUCGGAUGAUAGAUAUGGAAGCUGA